GGCUCUUGGGUGCUGAGUGCUAAAUCACAUCCCUGGUGAGACAGAUGUGAAGGAUUGGCCAGCACAGAGAGCAGCUUCUGAGCCUGUUCUGUAAACAAAGCAGUGUUGCAAAGCUGAGAGCUGGCUCAGAAGGGACGACACUGCCUGGGUUUGAGUGUCUGUGAGCGCAGACAGCCGAGAGCAGUGACACCACACACCGCUCCCACCUCCCCUUCCAGGUCUGAACCGUGUGGGCAAGGACUCCAGAGAGGGGAGAAACACCUCCUGCUCUUUAUCUUCACUGGUCACCUUGUUUGGGUGAGGCUUGAGCAGGAAUAUUUAUAUGUUUACAGGGUGAAGAGCAUGGAAAGAUGGUUUGAAGACUAGGAAGUGUCUGUCAGUGCCUAAGCCUGAUAUUCCUAAGACCCAGCAGUGCUCAAAGGUGGAGGAGGAGGACACUAAAGCCAGUCACCUUCUGGAACUGAGCAGCUGAGACAGCAACUGUCUGGGACCUCUUGGGAUCAUAAUCCUGGGAAGAACAACAGCAAAUUCAGUAGAACUCUGGAUUCUAAACCAAGACAAUAACUACUGCCAAACUUCCAGCAGCCAGAUCUACUUGGAACUGAGGUUGGGACACUGCUGGGAAACCACCUCAAGAAAACAACCUGUACUGGUGAGGUCCUGAGGAAGCAGGUGGCAAAGAAAAGAAGGAAGGAAAGGCACCUUUCCUUCCUUGCUUCAUAAUGAUCUCUGGUUAAGGGUUCUUGUCCACGUGUGGAAGAGGCAGAAAAAGCCUUUGCAAAUUGCUUCCAAAAGCAAAGACACCAUUUUGGAUAAGAGCUUGGACUGACUGAUCUCCUUUGAAGAAUGUCUGCCCAGGACACCGAGGACUUUGGAGCAGAAAACCUCUCAGAAAAGUCUCGGAUGAUCCCUGGCCUCCCACCCUAUGACAUGGAUGACCAGCUCCUGCCCAGGGAGCAACGCAACCCCUGGUGCUGCCUGGCGUGGACCCUGGUCAUAGGCACCAUGAACUCCUUGGUCUUCCUCAUUAAUUUGCUCCUGAUGUUUGUUAUUUUCACCGUUGUGCUGCUCCCCACCAUCGUGGUGGUUUAUUUUGGCUUCCAGUGCCACUCCCAGGUCCUGCACUCAUCUGCCCGCUACUGCAAGAGCAUCCUGGAUGACAACAGCUCCUCUGCCCUCAUCAUCCUGGGCUUUGUCAUCAUGUCCCCUCUCAUCGUGGUGGCCAUGGCCAUCUACUGCAGCCUGGCCCGGCGCCUGCGGCUCUUCAUGUGCUUCCAGCCCUACAGCCUGGCCGUGUACAAGGGGGGCAAGUGGUGCCGCUAUGAGGGGGGAGGUCCUUGUGGCUGUGCCAGGGGCUGGAACACUCAGGUCAAGGCCUGGGUGUGAGUUGGCAGCGCCAGCACCGUCCUCUCCCCUCCCCGUCCCUCCUCAUCCCCUCGCGGUCCCUCCCCGGGACUCUGCGGAGCUCCCGCGGGGCCCGAGCUGAUGCUCGGCCGGGUCAGCUGUGGCUCCCUCGUGAUUCCAGCGGUGUCUGAAGUGGUAGCACAGAUCCCCUGUCACGCGGCAUUGCCAAAAACUGCAGCCGAGGGACGGCCCGGCGCGGGUGAGAGGCAGGGGAAGGCAGGGCAGCUCCAUCCCGUCCCAUCCCCGCGGUCUCUGUAGUGGUGUUAGUGGGGUCUGUGUGCUGCUCAUCACUGCAAGGCUGUGUCUUCCCGCUGGAUGCUGUUCCCCUGCCUCCCCAGUAUAACCAUUUUCAGUGUUCUGUAGAAAUAAAGGAGAUUCCAAACGCCC